AUGCAAAGAAGAAUUCGUCAUAUCAAAAGUAUAUCGAUUAGAAACUUAUUCUUGAAUAAUAUAGAUAUCAAUCAUAAUAAUGAUAAAGACAACGAAGACGACAACAGUAAUGAUGCUGCUGAUACCCUUGAUACUGCAAAUGGCUUUAAAUCAACAAAUAUUUCAAUUUUAUCUUCUUCAAUAAGAAAAUCUCAAGGUCUAAAUGAAAAUUUAAAUAAUUCCAAUGUUGACUUGAAAGGGGAAUUGAAUGAACAUGAUAAUAUAAUAGACAAUGAUUAUAACAACACUAAUUUAAAAUCCUUAAAUGAUUCUAGAUUACUUGAUUCAUUUUUCUCACUACAUUCGAUUGUAAUCAAAAAUCAAAAAAUCAAAAUAAUACAUAAUUCUCCAUUUUAUAUAAGUGAAAUCAUUCCAAACAAUUUAAAUCCAAAUUUCAUUGAUAUUAAUUUCAAUUUUUUGCAGUUUCUCAAAGAAAUUAAUCUUUCAAAUUUAACUAGGUUUUCUCAAUUAAAUUUAAAAAUCUGGGCAAGGUACAGUAAUAACGAUGAUAAUACUACUAAUAAUAAUAAUAAUAAUCUAUGGAAUUUAAUAAUAUCAAUAAAUAUCAACUUAUCAAACUUGAUUUAUCUCGAUAAUGACAUACAAUCUUUGCAAUUUAAUAUAGAAAAAUCCAAAAAAUAUCACAAUUUAAAUUCAUCCCUGCAUAAUAAUAAUCUUAAUAAUUUGGACAAUAAUAAUAAUAAUUUUUCUUCAGCCUCUUCAAUUUCUUCAUUUAACCUUCAGUUGUCAAAUUUAUCUAGAAACCCCAAUAUUUUCAGUUCAUCUUUUCUAAAUUAUCUUAAUUAUCAGAAAAAUAUUAUAAUUCUUUCAUUAAAAGACGGGUGUUACUUAUUACCUUAUGGUUUAAAUUUUAAAAAUAUUUAUGAAAUUGAUAAUAAAUCUAAAAAUCAGGCAUUUAAUAAUAACAAAAUCUCACGAUCUUUAUCUGUAGUUUCUUCAGCUACCUCAAUUAAUAAUUUUACUAAAAAUGUUUCGUCAUUAUCUUUUGACUCAUUAAUUAAGAUCACAAAUCUUUUAUCUUGCAUUGAAGAUUUAAGAAAAAUUAUAUAUAAAUUGAACUCAAAAAUUGAGGAUACUUUGAAUAAAAAUAUUGUUUUUAAUUAUGAUAAUGAUAAUGAUAACAAUAAUAACCAUAAUCGUAAUCUUAUUCCGUUUGAUAAUAAGUUUGAUAAAAUAUUGAUACCUCAAAGCAAACUAAACUCAACGAUCAGUCUUAAAAUUAAUCAAUUAAAAACAUUUCUAAAAGCCGAAAAAAAAAGAUUAAAUGACUUGGAAAAUUUUAAAGAAAAGUUGAAACAAGAAUUGGUGUAUAAAAAGAAAAUACUUUUAAUCGAAGAUGAAGAUGAUAACAAUAAUGAUGGUUAUGAUGAAAUUUGUAAGAAUAUUGAUAUUAUUCAGUUAAAAGUGAAUGGUAAUAUUGAUAUUAAUAAUGACAACAGCAUUGACAUCAAUGAUGAUAAUGAUAAUGAUAAUGAUGAUGAUGAUGAUGAUGAUGACAGCGAUAUUGAUUAUGAUUAUGGCUACCAGAAUGGUGAUGAGAAUGAAAAUUAUAAUACACUAUUUUUAUCUUUAAGAAAAGAGGUAUUAAAAGAAAAGAAAUUGUAUGGAGAAUAUCUUAAUGAAUAUGAAAUUAUGAAUAUUAAAAUGAAUAAUAUGUUAUCAAACAAAGUCUUUAAAUAUUUAAUGGAUGUCUUCCCAAUUCAGAAUGAUGCAAGAAAUCCAUUUGAAUUCACCAUAUUAAAUUUAAGCCUUUCGCUAUUAUCAAAUAUCUUUAAAAAUUAUCCUAUAUUAAAUAUUAUCAAUAAGAAAACCAAAAUCAAUAGAAAUAUCAAUUCAAGAAGAAAUUCAAUAAGCUCGGUUAACACAUUGAAUGACUCAGCGGUAUCUGGUCGCGAUAAUGAGACAAUAAAUUCAGUUGAUCUUGCAAAUUCGCCAUUAACUGCUACAAUCAGCAACAUAAAUGCAGCCUCAACUGCGACUUCAACUAGAGCUUCUGUUUAUUCAACAAGAAAGGAUUUGUUUUCAAUACUAUCACUGACAUCAUCAUACAAAUCCAACAGAAUUGACAAUAACUUACUACUAACAACAUACCAGGAGAUCGAAAUCGAUUCAGCCAUGGGAUUUGUUGUUAAAUUGGUUAAUCUCAUUGCAUUGUACUUGUCAAUACCGCUAAGGUAUCCCAUGACUUUCUUGGGAUCCAAGUCGUAUAUUUACGAUCCAAUCUCAAAGAUAUCGAGCAGCAAGAUAUUCCCACUUUGGUUGAAGGACAAUCAAAACUACUUGUACAAGUUUGAGUACGGUUUGAUAUUGUUGAACAAGAACAUCGAGCAGUUGUGUCACGAAGAAGGAUUGGUGGUUCCUGAAAGCCGGAACAUCUUGGGGAAUCUCAAAACGUUGUUGCUUUACCUUGCUUCCAAAGACCGUUAG